AUGGCCACACCCAAACAAUUCGUCAGGUGGCUGGACGCGUUGUAUACAAAAGCCGAUGAAAUAUUUUGUAGGGGUUUGAGGGUAGAGAAGGAGGGCCCCCAGCGGCAUAGGGGAACAGAAGCAGCAGCAGCAGCAGCAACUGCUGCUGCUGCUGCUGCUGCUGCAGAAGCAGCUGCUGGGGUAGAGAAGGAGGGCCCCCAGCGGCACAGGGGAACAGAAGCAGCAGCAGCAGCAGCAACUGCUGCUGCUGCUGCUGCUGCUGCAGAAGCAGCUGCUGCAGCAACUGCUGCAGCAACUGCUGCUGCUGCAGCUUCACGCAGAGUACCUGCGGUGUCUGUACACCUCAAGCAAACCCCCAAACCCUUCUCCCUUACUGAUAUAGGGGGGGCCCCCCAGGGGCCCCCUCUUGCUGCUGCAGGCAACAGCAGCAGCAGCAGCAGCAGCAGCAGCAGCAGCAGCUUUGAUGCGUCUAUCUCUGUAACGCCUGCUGCAGCAGCCGUCUCUCCUGCAGCAGCAGCAGCAGCAGCAGCAGCAGCAGCACAAGCUGCUGCUGCUGCUCCUCUGCGCGACGGCUACAGCACUCCCCCCCCAACCUGUCGCUCCCUACAGCAGCAGCAGCAGCAGCAGCAGCAGCAGCAGCAGCAGCAGCAGCAGCAGCUAGAAGAUAGUCUAAUGUUUUACAGCAAAGACCCAUAUGUUUUAGUACCCCCUUCUGGGGGCCCCCCUCCCCUUAACAACCCUUGGGGGCCCCUGGGGGGCCCCCCGCUGCUGAAGGGUUCAGCUGGGGGGCCCCCUGAUCUCUCUCUUGGGGGGCCCCCGGGGGGCCCCCCUGGCAGCUGCAGGUGCCUGGGGGGCCCCCCCAAUCCCCGCUGGAUGGAGGGUACUGGGGGCCCCCCUGAGAACCCUUUGCUGCUGCUGCAGCAGCAGUCUUGCUGCUCUUCUAGCCCUAAAGCUGCUGCUGCUGCGGUGUGGGGGCCCCCCCAUGCUACAGACAGAAGAACAGCAGCAGCAGCAGCAGCAGCAGCAGCAGCAGCAGCAGCAAGGAGACAAACAUCCUUCUCUCUCUGUCUAGCUAACAGCCCGCUAGCGGGGGGCCCCCAGGUACAGGGGCCCCCCAUCAGCUGUAGGAGAGUAAGCGACUGCAGCAGCACUGCAGUGCUGCAGCAGCAGCUGCAGCAGCAGCUGCAGCAGCAGCAGCAGCUGCAGCAGCAGCAGCAGAUGUGUGUGUACCCUCGUCAGCUGCAAGUCCAGCAGGAGCAGCAGCAGCUGCUGCAGCAACAGCUGCUGCAGCAACAGCUGCUGCAGCAGCAGCUGCUGCAGCAGCACAUUAGAUGCCCUUCAUUUUCAGCAACAGCAGCAGCAACAGCAGCAGCAGCAGCAGCAGCAGCAGCAGCAGCAGCAAAUGCUGCCCUCCUGCUAUAA